AUCUCUUGGUAGAUCAGCCACUCGUAAAGAGUUAUGGAAGAAGACCCAUAUGAAAAUUAGAGAUGGAAAAGAAGUAUGGAUCGAGACACAGGCAGAGGAGACAUAUAAUCGAUACGUUCAAGCAAUUAAAGAGCUCAAAAAGAAUCGAUCGAUAGAUGAUCAAGGCAAUCCAAUCAUGCUAACAGAGGAGGAAACUCUCUCCUGCUGGCUGGAUGUAGUUGGCGGCGUGUAUAAGGGAAGGGCAUACGGUCUUUGCUCCGAGGAGAACUUUCAUCGCCUCCAGUGUGGAUUGCAAGGUAUAGAGGGGUCUACCACCAUGCCAGAUGAGCAGCUUGAGGAGAUGCAACAGGAAGUUCGGGAGCUUGCUAGGAAGUACGAGGAGGAACGAAAAAGAAGGAUGGAUGAGGAGCGACGUAGGACGAUACUUGAGUCAGACGUCCAAGAACUCAAAGCUCAAGUAAAUACAUUAAUCAAGCUUCCUCGUUCUCUGCCCCCUAGCUCUAAUGAUGAUGGCGAAGAGGAUGAGGAUGAUGGAGAGGAUAAAAUGGAUUAUUAGGUGGUGUUUUAGUUUUGGAUUUAUUUAAUUUGGAGAGUUUGAAAGAAUGUGUUUUUGCUACUUGGCUACAUACUUUUUUAUACUUGUUUGGAUAUUAUUUAAGUUGGAUGAAUAUGUACGAAGUUUGGUUAUUUAAUUUAAUGUUUGAAUUGUUUCGGAA